CCUCGUCAUCCGCCCCUCGCUGUUGCAGUCUCUCUUGUUAGGGGGCCUUGUGAAUGUCUUGCGUCUGGCUCCACAUCCACAGAAGGAGCCUACUGUCUGUCGCUACGAACAAUUCUGUUGCGAGGGCCGCUGCCUCUACCUCCGCCGCGCCGCCGCCGCCGCCGUCAUCGCCGCCGUCUCGUUCUAAUAUUUAUUUGCCUCUUCAUCGCUCUAUCGCCAAUCCCAUCGGAUUUACCCUGUCGCCUGCGAGGUCAGUAGUUACUCGCAAUCCUAGAGUUACUGCCUAUUGGCGCUCUAGUCGACACUUUUCUUUGUGCCCGGCCGCUGCAGCGCCCGGUGUCACCACGAGCAUCUGCCCUGGUCAGGCGCCCAUCCGCUCUCUCAGCUCGCUCAUUAUACACUCUACGAGACCCAGUGGUAUACGUUCUCGUGCAGACCCGAUGGAUUUGAACGGAGAUGCAGGCGCCAAGCGCAAGCGCAGCUCUAUCACCGCACCCGCUGAACGGCCUGUAAAGCAUCUUCGCCCCGAAUCGAGCGCAUUGACACCUGGGGAUUCGACGCCCGCCAAUGGGACGGUAUAUGAUGUGGAGGAUGAUGAAGAUGCGGGUCGUCUGCUGCCUGUAGGGCCUGCUCAGGCUGAUUCGCCGGAAUGGCAAGCUACCAUAGAGGAGGUUGUGAAGAGCGUUGUAUCUAUCCACUUCUGUCAGACCUGCUCCUUUGACACGGAGCUGUCUAUGAGUAGUCAGGCUACUGGGUUUGUGGUGGAUGCAGAGAAUGGAUACAUAUUGACAAAUCGACACGUGGUUUGCCCUGGACCUUUCUGGGGAUACUGUAUCUUUGAUAACCAUGAGGAAUGCGACGUCCGUCCCGUGUAUCGGGACCCAGUACACGACUUUGGAAUUCUGAAAUUCGAUCCGAAGGCUAUACGAUAUAUGAAACUGAGGGAGCUGAAACUGCAGCCGGAUGCAGCUAAAGUGGGAUCUGAAAUUCGCGUCGUUGGUAAUGACGCAGGAGAAAAAUUGAGUAUUCUGUCUGGUGUCAUUAGUCGACUGGAUAGAAACGCGCCCGAAUACGGCGAUGGCUACAGUGACUUUAAUACGAAUUAUAUCCAGGCCGCUGCAGCAGCUAGCGGUGGAAGUUCCGGCAGUCCUGUAGUCAACAUUGAUGGUCAUGCGAUUGCUCUGCAGGCCGGUGGUCGUGCAGACGGUGCAGCGACGGAUUACUUCCUCCCUCUGGACCGACCUCUACGCGCACUGGAAUGCAUCCGUCGCGGAGAGCCUGUCACGCGUGGAACGAUUCAGACGCAGUGGAUCCUGAAGCCAUUCGAUGAGUGUCGUCGGUUGGGCUUGACGCCCGAGUGGGAGGCGACCGUGCGUAAAGCAGCGCCCACGGAAACCAGCAUGCUGGUGGCCGAGAUCAUUCUGCCUGAAGGCCCGGCGGACGGAAAGCUCGAAGAAGGAGACGUGCUUCUGCAGGUCAACGGGGAGCUUCUCACCCAAUUCAUCCGGUUGGAUGACAUCCUGGACUCGAGUGUUGGGCAGACAGUGCAUCUGCUCGUUCAAAGAGGCGGUCAGAAUGUGGAGAUUGAGUGCCAGGUUGGCGACCUGCAUGCCAUCACGCCCGACCGGUUUGUGACGGUGGCUGGAGGCACGUUUCAUAACCUGUCUUACCAGCAGUCGCGGCUGUAUGCCAUCGCUACUCGCGGUGUUUACGUCUGCGAGGCUGCAGGCUCCUUCAAGCUGGAAAACACCCUCUCAGGAUGGAUCAUCGACUCGGUGGACAAGCGACCCACUCGCAAUCUCGAUGAGUUCGUGGAAGUGAUGCGAACAAUCCCCGAUCGUUCGCGCGUGGUGAUCUCGUAUCGGCAUAUUCGCGAUCUCCACACCCGCGGCACCAGCAUCGUCUAUAUCGAUCGACACUGGCACCCGAAGAUGCGACUGGCUGUGCGCAACGACAACUCCGGUCUGUGGGACUUUUCGGACCUCGCGGACCCUAUCCCAGCUCUUCCUCCGGUUCCGAGGAAAGCCGAUUUCAUCCAACUCGAUGGUGUUAGCCAGCCUGCUGCGGCCGACAUUGUGCGCAGCUUCGUACGGGUAUCAUGUACGAUGCCCCUGAAGCUGGACGGCUACCCCCAGGCCAAGAAGACCGGGUUCGGAUUGGUCGUCGAUGCAGACAAGGGUUUGGUGGUUGUAUCGCGCGCGAUCGUGCCGUACGACCUCUGCGACAUCAACAUCACGGUGGCCGACUCCAUCAUCGUGAACGCUAAAGUAGUUUUCCUGCAUCCGCUCCAGAACUACAGCAUCAUCCAGUACGACCCAAGCCUGGUGCAGGCACCGGUUCAGAGUGCCAAACUCAGCACCGACUACAUCAAGCAGGGACAGGACACGAUCUUCGUGGGAUUCAAUCAGAACUUCCGGAUUGUUGUGGCCAAGACCGCCGUAACCGACAUCACUACUGUUUCUAUUCCAGCCAAUGCCUCCGCACCGCGCUACCGUGCGAUCAAUUUGGACGCCAUCACUGUGGAUACCGGACUCAGCGGGCAGUGUUCUAACGGUGUUCUGAUUGGCGAGGACGGUGUGGUGCAGGCAUUGUGGUUGAACUACCUUGGAGAACGCACGUCCAAUUCGCAUAAAGAUGUGGAAUACCAUCUAGGAUUUGCGACCCCAUCUCUUCUGCCGGUCCUGUCGAAGGUGCAGCAGGGAGAGAUGCCUAAAUUGCGGAUUCUGAACAUGGAGAGCUACGUGGUUCAGAUGAGUCAAGCUCGCAUCAUGGGCGUGUCGGAGGAAUGGAUUGAGAAGGUGACGCAAGCUAACCCAUCGCGGCAUCAGCUCUUCAUGGUGCGCAAGGUCGAUUGCCCACCACCUGGAUUCAACUCGGCGGCCGACACGUUCGAGGAGGGUGAUAUCAUCCUGACCUUGGACGGACAGCUGAUCACCCGCGUCUCUGAGUUGGAUAUCAUGUACGAAAAGGAUACGCUGGAAGCACUGAUUGUCCGAAACGGACAAGAAAUGCGGAUCCAGGUGCCAACUGUCCCAACGGAGGACCUAGAGACUGACCGUGCCGUCGUGUUCUGUGGUGCUGUGUUGCAGAAACCACACCAUGCGGUCCGUCAGCAGAUUUCCAAGCUGCACAGCGAAGUCUACGUCAGCGCAAGAAGUCGCGGAUCCCCCUCCUACCAAUACGGCCUAGCCCCAACCAACUUCAUCACCGCCGUGAACGGUGUCCCCACCCCGAACCUGGACCGCUUCUCCGAAGAAGUGAGCAAAAUCCCCGACAACACAUAUUUCCGCCUUCGCGCGGUGACAUUUGACAAUGUGCCGUGGGUAGUGACCAUGAAGAAGAACGAUCAUUACUUCCCCAUGUCCGAGUACAUCAAAGACCAGUCCCAGCCUUCCGGCUGGCGGACCGUGUCUCACGACAAGGAUAAAUAUAAAGAUGGCAUUGCGCCGGAUGCUGCGAACUUGAACCCGGAUGCUAUGGACGAAGGGUUUGAUGGAGUCAGUGAUAUCGAGCCGGAUCUGGAGUGAGUGCAGGGCGGACUGUAUAGUAUUCUGUGAUGAGCAUGGCCGUGUUAGAUGUGUAUACCAGACAUGGCUUUUGGAAAACGUAAAAAGAAAGUGAAAAAUGGGAAAAUGAUAGACAUUCUUAGUUG